AUGUCUGCUGGAGAUAGUCCUGCCCCGCCAAUUCCCGACCACCAGCCGAACCCGGUCUUGGUCGGGCCGGGGAUGAAGACACUGGGAGAAGAAGCCUAUACCAAGGCCUCCAACGUUACCCCGGGCAUGUCAACUGGCACGCAGGAUCCUGCCUCGAGCGAUGCGCCCUCCUAUUUCAGCCAGAUUCCCGGAUCCAGUGGCUCCCAAACCCCGCUGGAUGACCAGACCUCCCCCGCCUCCCCCGCUGAAGCCGCAAAAAAUGCCUCAUCAGGCCCAGAACUGUUGCGUCGUUUGAGUCUCGUUGGCGCCGUUACUCCUGUUUUACCAGAAGUAGAUUCCCGUGAGGAAUAUCCUGGGCUGUCUCUGAGUGGCCGGAUCAUCAGUGCUGCCUUUUGUAUCCCAUACAAGGUUCAACAUCAACCGGAAUCGGAUUGGAAAUUGAACCAUCGUCCUGGGACAUCAGCGCUGUUCGAUUCAUUCGCUUAUCUUGCCUCCAACGCGACUAAAUGGUCGCACACGCUUGUUGCCUGGACUGGCGAGGUUGACCCUAUGACAGACUUCAAGGUGCCGUUGCAGCAAGUUUCGGUCAAUGCAGGUGGGAAAGUCUCGACCACUUCAAAGGGGCCCGCGGCCCCUCUGAACAAAGCAGCAGCCCCUGUCCCGGUCGGUGCUGCUCAGAAGCCGGUCAGUCAUCCUCAGGUCGAGGGGAUAACCGUGAGCAAAGAAGACCGAAAUCGACUUGAGUCACAAUUGAGUUCUGGAAGAUACGGUCGGAUUCUACCUGUCUGGCUGUUCGAUGAAUCAGAGGAACCCGCAGAUUCAAUUUCCCUGAAAGAUCAGCCAAGGUGGAGACGAUACGCAGAACGAGAGCUGUACCCUUUGCUGCAUUAUAAGCAACAUGGCCCUACGGAUGGGAGAUCGGAACGCAAAUGGUGGGGGGACUAUGUUCGCUUGAACCGCCUGUUUGCCGACCGCAUUUUGGCGGAAUACCAGGAGGGUGACAUCGUCUGGAUCCACGAUUAUCAUUUGUUCCUCCUUCCCGGUAUGCUGCGACAGCGUAUCCCCAACGUCUACAUUGGCUUCUUCCUCCAUUCCCCUUUCCCCAGCAGCGAAUUCAUGCGCUGCUUGGCCAAGAGAAAGGAAGUCCUUACCGGCGUUCUCGGCGCCAAUAUGAUCGGCUUCCAGACCUACUCUUACUCUCGCCACUUUUCGUCCUGCUGCACACGGGUGCUUGGGUUUGACUCGAAUUCUGCCGGCGUGGAUGCAUAUGGCGCACAUGUCGCUGUUGAUGUCUUCCCGAUCGGUAUUGAUGCCACUGCAAUCCAAAAAUCCGCUUUUAGUGCCCCAGAGAUCGAGAAAGCCGUGCUGGGCCUGCAAAGGCUGUACGAAGGCAAGAAGAUCAUCGUUGGUCGCGACCGUCUAGACAGUGUUCGCGGUGUUGCUCAGAAGCUCCAGGCGUUUGAACUCUUUCUUGAGCGCUAUCCGGAAUGGCGCGACAAGGUUGUCAUGAUCCAGGUGACGAGUCCGACGAGUUUUGAAGAGGAAAAGGAAGACCCGGACAACAAGAUCGCAAGCCAGGUGUCAAAUCUGGUGUCCACAAUUAAUGGGCGUUUCGGGUGCUUGAGCUUCUCCCCCGUCCAGUACUACCCUCAAUAUCUCUCACAAAAUGAGUACUUUGCGCUGUUACGGGCGGCUGACGUGGGUCUGAUCACCACUGUUCGGGAUGGAAUGAAUACGACCAGCUUGGAGUACAUCAUCUGCCAGCAAGGCAACCAUAGCCCUCUGAUCCUGUCGGAAUUCUCGGGGACAGCCGGGACUUUGCCUAGUGCUAUCCACAUCAACCCUUGGGAUCUGAAUGGUGUCGCCGCGGCCAUCAACGAGGCCCUGACCAUGCCAACUGAGGAAAAGAAGGCCCAGCACUUGAAACUCUACAAGCAUGCGACCACGAACACAGUGUCGGCUUGGUCCAGACAGUACCUGCACCGUCUACUGACAAACCUAUCUUCGUUCGACCAGUCUGCCGCCACACCUGCCUUGGACCGCGCACAACUUCUCAAACAGUACCGCAAAGCUCGCAAGCGACUCUUCAUGUUCGACUAUGAUGGCACUCUGACUCCCAUCGUCAAGGAUCCUCAGGCCGCCAUCCCGUCCGAUCGGGUGCUGCGGACCAUCAAGUCGCUGGCCGCUGACCCCCGAAAUGCCGUAUGGAUCAUUAGUGGGCGUGAUCAGGCCUUCCUCGAUGAAUGGAUGGGCCAUAUACCCGAAUUGGGUCUUAGUGCGGAACACGGCUGUUUUAUCCGCCAGCCCUGCUCCGAUGACUGGGAGAACUUGGCCGAAAGCACGAAUAUGGGCUGGCAGAAGGAAGUGGUGGAAGUGUUCCAGCACUACACAGAACGGACCCAGGGGUCGUUCAUUGAGCGUAAACGUGUGGCACUGACCUGGCACUACCGGCGUGCCGAUCCCGAAUAUGGCGCCUUCCAGGCCCGGGAAUGUCGGAAACACUUGGAGGAAACGGUGGCGAAGCGAUGGGACGUUGAAGUCAUGGCUGGCAAAGCGAACCUUGAGGUGCGACCGACCUUUGUCAACAAAGGGUUCAUUGCGAGCCGGUUGGUUCAAGAAUACGGCACGGAGCCGGGACAGGCACCGGAAUUCAUCCUCUGCCUGGGGGAUGACUUCACUGAUGAAGAUAUGUUCCGCGCUCUGAGCUCCUUCAACCUGCCCUCCGACCAUGUCUAUUCGGUUACUGUUGGGGCGAGCUCGAAGCAGACGGCUGCUAGCUGGCAUCUGCUGGAACCUGCGGACGUGAUUGCCACAGUAGCGUCACUGAACACCAGCUCAAUCUCCCCAGACUACUAG